AGCCAUAAAAUGUUGCACAACUCUAGCAGUCUACUUGCAGGCCGCUUUCCAGAGGUUCAGCUGCCGGGGUCUGGGACACCCCAGCCCCACGCCAGCGGCCCAGGGAACCCGCAGAGGAGGAGAGGGGCAGCCCCAGACCUGGGGAGGCCCCGGGGCGGCCCCGCCCCCGUCCCCGUCCCGGACAGGCCCCCGCUUCGCCACGUCCACACAGGCCCGCCCCCAGGAGGGGAGGAGCCGGCGACACCGCCUUCCUUCCUGACCUGCGCGCACAGCCCGCCGCCUUCGGCACCUGCUCGGUCUGUAGUCCGGCGCCAGCUCCUGAAAUUGAGCCCGGGGAAGUGAAGCAACAGCCGCAGCGCCGAGCCCGGCGAACCGAGUCCCCGGCGAUGUCUGCAGCCCCACGCGGCGGCCCCGUGAGCGCGCGCGGCCGGUUGCUCGGCCUGCUCCUGCUGCUGCUGUGCCCGGCGCAGGUGCUUCCCCAGUCCUGUGUUUGGUAUGGAGAGUGUGGCAUUGCCUCCGGAGAUAAGAGAUACAACUGCCAAUAUUCUGGCCCGCCAAAACCAUUGCCCAAGGAUGGCUACGACUUAAUACAGGAACUCUGUCCAGGAUUUUUCUUUGACAAUGUCAGCCUCUGUUGUGAUGUGCAGCAGCUUCAAACACUGAAAGACAACCUGCAGCUGCCGCUACAGUUUCUGUCCAGUAGGGUGAUACCAGGCAAACAGAACCGUGGGUUUCAG